AUGGAAAAAUCCGCGAGUAGCCAGAUGAAUCCUGAGGACAUUGAAAAUCCGGGAUCACACGUUAAAUCUUACAUCGAACAGUUUACUGCAUUAAAAAAAUUGGUAGAAAGAUCAGACAGAGAAAUACAGUACUGGAAGAAUCAAAAAUCGAAAUUGCUCGAGAGUAAUAGCAGCAUCGGGAUGAAUUUCGAUAAGCUGAUGCAGAAUGUGUCUUAUAUGGAGGAUAAAAUAUCGGAGAAUACAAGGAUCUACAUUACGAAGAAGCAGGAAUUGAAGGACUUACAAAUUGCAAGAACGAAUAUGUUGUACAAGCAAUGGAAUAACUGUUUGUUGGAAACAGGAAGAUACGCGGAUAGCUUUUGUCAAUGGAUGACGAACUACUCUAGGGACUAUUUGACGAAGGAAAUUAGUAGUCAUCAAGAAGAAUGCGAAAAGGUUCGCACAGAAUUGGAGAUUCUAAAACAAGAGGUGGAGAAUAUGAAAACAGAAUGCAACGCAGAUUACACUGAAGCUAACAUGGACGAUCAUGACAACUUGUCGAAUCUUAACAGUGCAAUAUCUGACAUGAAGUCGAGCAAUAACAAUUUAAUAAAACAUAUUAAAAUGGAAGAGGAUGAAUUGAAUAAAAUACAGAACAAAAUAAAGCAAUGCAAAGUCAAGCUUAACCGAAACUAA